CGAGGUCAUUGUUUUGUCCUUCCGGAGCCACCGUAGUCCUCGUAAUGUUUCUGAUAGGAGCAGUUUUCGCGCUUUCCGUGUUGUGUUUACUUUUUAUUGUUCGGUUUUGUAUUGUUCUGAAGACUGGACCCAGCUGCAAGCCCGGAGACAAAGGCUAUGUUUCGGUUCUUGUCGUGGCGGGAUCAGGUGGACACACCACAGAGAUCCUGCGUCUGAUGGAGCACCUGUCAGCAGCCUACUCCCCUCGGCACUACGUGGUGGCUGACACCGACCGGAUGAGUGUGGAGAAGAUCUGCACCUUUGAGGGCUGUGAUCCAUCACCAUCUCAGUUCACCGUGUGUCGGAUCCCCCGGAGCAGAGAGGUGAACCAGUCCUGGGCAUCUUCUGCUGUCAGCACCCUGAAGGCGCUGCAGUACUCCAUCCCGCUGGUCUUCAGACUCAGACCUGACAUGGUUCUGUGUAAUGGCCCGGGGACCUGCGUUCCCCUGUGUGUGGCUGCACUCCUGCUGGGAAUUCUCGGGAUAAAGAAAAUCCUGAUUGUGUAUGUGGAGAGUAUAUGCCGGGUGCAGACGCUGUCGCUGACGGGGAAGAUCCUGUACCUGCUGUCGGACUAUUUCUUUGUCCAGUGGUCUUCUCUGAGAACCAGGUACCCCAGGUCCAUUUUCCUGGGGAGGAUCGUGUGAAGGUGCUGACAGGUCUGGGAAAUGUUCGUGCCCUUUGAAAAUAAAAAACCCAGCAGCUGUUCCACAAUCUGAUCUAAUGAAGCCCCCCCCCCACCUGAGGGUAACCCUGGAGACCGCCACGGGACAAACGGGUGAGAGUGAAGACGUGGUGGAAGCUAGUUUGAUUCUCUCCAUCCGUGGAUCAAAUCCACCUGGACAGAUGGUUCUGUGGUCCAACCACUCCGGGUAGUUACGGUAGCAAACGGUGGUCAGCUUUUUUUAAUGAUUACAGUUUACAGUUGUGAUGUUGGCAGAAUAAACGAAAACCUUCUAAUUCCUCA